GUCAAUCUGUUUACAAUUCAUUCCAUAAUUGAGGUCUUUAAUUCGUCCAGAAUUGAAACUUUUUAUAUGGGCGAGUUUAGACUACAUCUGCAGGGCUUUAGACCUUCUCAACCUAUUUCAGAAAUGGAUAUCAGCGUGGAAAUGACAAAGCAGUCUUCCGAGCUGAAUUCAACUCUUUUGGAGAAUUUCAGCAUUGCAGACUUCUCACUAGAAACCUUAUUGGCCCACCAACUACCUGAAUACCCAGCAAGCUGUACUCAUGACAGCCUUUCCACUACUGUGCUUGCCGGCAGCUUCACUGCAAUACCAACAGCUCGUACUGUCACGGUGGAUGAGGAUGUCUUCAUUGAAAGCAAGAAGAGAAAAGCAAUGGAACAAUCCACCAGCAACUACCAAAGCAUUUCUCCAGCACUUUCCACAACUGAAAUCGGAGGAAACAACAGUACCAGGAAAAAGAAUAGAUUAGGCAGAGGGAAGAAAGGAAAGAGCAAUGAGAAACAACCAGAGAAAGCAGAGGAAGUAAUUCACGUUAGAGCAAGAAGGGGGCAAGCUACUGACAGUCACAGUUUAGCAGAAAGGGUAAGAAGAGAGAAAAUAAAUGAGAAAAUGAGGUGCUUGCAAGACCUUGUUCCUGGAUGCCACAAGACAAUGGGGAUGGCGGUUAUGCUGGACGAGAUAAUCAAUUAUGUUCAUUCAUUACAGAAUCAAGUAGAGUUUCUUUCAAUGGAGCUUGCUGCUGCCAGUUCUGCUUAUGACUUGAACUUGGAAACAGAGUGCUUCAAAAAGGCUCAGGGGACAAAUUCACAUGUGGCACAACAGAUGGAGAAAUGGGCAAGAGAUAGAUAUGGAGAACAGAAUUGCUUCCAUUCGACAUGGCCACUUUGACUGCACUUUUGGCCCUUACCUUCUUGUUUGCUACAAAGCACAUGAAUAUGCUUCCCACUUCACUUUCCAGCAAAUCAAAUCUGUUCCCAGAUACGUGGCAAGUGUUUCCUCCACUUUCCUGCACGUCAAAUCUGUUUCAAGUUAGAUGUCAAUUGUCCUAAUGAAAUUAUCACUAUUACGCAAAGGGUUGAGUCCAAAAUACAUAAGUAUAUCCCUAACUUUUUGUCUAAAUUAAGGGCUUUUAUUUCUUAGUUUGUCUCUAAAAAUCUAUUCGUGGUCUGUAGCACCUUUAUGCACCGAUGAUGCGAUAUCAGCUGGAGCAAGUUAAGUUAGAGCUGGCUAUAACAGGACUUCGCUUAUGUAUUGCUUGUAUAUUCAUGCCCAUUUUGUGGAGUAUUAUGUCAAUUUAUGAUUUGAAACUUGGCUUUUGGCCACUUCCAAUACCAAUUCUUCUCAUUCAA